GUGUGUGUGUGUGGUCGGUUAUGGAGAGCUCGUGCUCCAGUCCGCCUCAGUGACGCGAAGCCUCGGCUGAUUGCAGAGAGCCGCGAGCGCGUGCGCCGGUCCCGCUGCGCAGGUGUGAGUGAUUAGGAGCGCGUGAGUGCAGGUGCCAGGUUAGCCUCGGUACCGGGUUCAGGAUGGGCUGCGCUAUAUCGGGUUUGGGUUUGGCGCCCAGGCAGGUAACAGAGACCCGCGGGGAGGAGGAGACCCUGAGCGAGGAGCAGAUCAGCAUGAUCAAAGAGUCGUGGAAACUGAUCCAGGAGGACAUCGCUAAAGUUGGAAUCAUCAUGUUCGUCAGGUUGUUCGAGACUCAUCCGGAGUGCAAAGACGUCUUUUUCCUGUUCCGGGACGUGCAGGACCUGGAGAGGUUACGGACCAGCAGGGAGCUGCGUGCCCAUGGCCUGCGAGUGAUGUCCUUCAUCGAGAAAAGUGUGGCCAGGCUGGACCAGUUAGAGCGUCUCGACAUGCUGGCUGUGGAACUUGGCAAAAGCCAUUACCGCUACAACGCCCCUCCAAAGUAUUACGGGUAUGUAGGAGCAGAGUUCAUCUGCGCAGUUCGGCCAAUUCUGAAAGACAAAUGGACGCCUGAACUGGAAAAGGCCUGGAAGACGCUGUUCCAGUACAUCACCCGGCUGAUGCGUCAGGGCUACCUGGAGGAGGAGGGGGCCAAGAGGAGCGUACAGGUGUCCACCAAAGAGAGACCAGACAAGAGGAACACAGCGCUGUAGCCUCGGCUUAUUCUACAGUCUUCUGUGCAAGUUAUGCAGAAUGGUGUUCUUUGUAGACAGUGUUAUGUACAUAGUAUUUAUUUAAUUAUUAAUGUUUCUUGUAAUUUCAAAUCAUCAGUCUGUUCAGUGACUUUUUUUGUAAACAUCAAAAAAAAAAAAAAAAAAAAAAACCUUAUCUAUAACCUUUUUACACUAUAUAGAAAGAAAAAUAAUUCCUAAACCUCAGUAAACUCUACCAGACUGGGCAUAAUUUUAAUUUGGGACUUAACAUAAAUUAAUCUCUCAUUCAGAUUGCAUUAUUCUACUUAAUUGCACUGUUAAGGACAGAUGAAUGAUGUCAAAUGCUAUAACUAUUGCCUACAUUUGUGUCGGGGAGGGUCUGGGUUUAAAUAAACUAAAAAAAAUAAAA